CCAAAUCAUCAAGGCUGGAAACUUACUCCCUGGCCUAAUUCUAAUAUUAUUUACUAAGGAGACAUAGAGGUCUCACUCAUUUUGAGAGCCAGGGACUGGUUCCCUAGACCCUGCCUGGAUGGUCUGCACCCUGGCUCUGCAAGCAGGCUCUGGGGGAUGGAUGACAGGGAAGUGUAUGUGUCUGUAUGCUGUAUGUGUCUGCUCCUGCUGCUGCGUAGACCUGUCCUGGCCCUUCCUCUUCUCUGGCCACAACCUCUUUGAGUCUCUUCUGGGUGGCUUCUCCUUCUUGCUGUGCCCAGCUCAGAUUAGAACAAUCUGCUUGCUUCACAGGGCCAGAAAAUUUCUCAAGAGCCCUGGGCAGCCCUGAGCUCAGUCCUCAGCUCUGAGCCCAUCCUCUUCGUGCUACAGCUCAAGGGUUAAUCCCAAAAGUCCAGGUCCCAGAACAUGGAAGAAUCUGAGGAACACAGAACACUAGGCAACACAGCACCUUUGGGGAGCUCUUCUGAGACUACACCAGCUAGUUCAAAGAAACCAAGUGGCAAAGCCUUAGUGGCUGAGAAUGUGGAGCUGCAGACCUGUGAUCUGGACCUCCACUCCGGGAAGCAGAUGCACUUCAGUGUGUGUGCGCAAGACACGAAACCACCAUUCUGGAUGGCAGGCCAUGGUUUCUCAUAUUUCGGCUCCCCAAGUACACCCAACAUGACGUCCCCUAGCUGGCCAACCUCCACAGCAGUGCUGGAGUUAACGGGUCCUGAGUCCUUGGAGAACCCUCUGAACUCAGACAGAAGAAUUUUGACAGGGCUGUCUGACAUGUCUGGACAUCCCAUGAGAGAAAACCCUUCCUAUCAAGCACUUCCAAGUUCUCCAGACCAUGAGUCACCAAAUCAGGAGUCACCCAACCCCCCCACAGCCACAGCGAUGCUGGGGAGCUAGGAACCUCCACUUCACACUGACCCAGAGCCAAGCAAUCAGAGAGCUCCUGGGACCCGGGGCAUGACGGCUAAAACCACAGGAAAGUAUU